CCCCUCCGCCGCCGCCGCCGCCUCCGCCUCCGCCUCGAUUUCGACUCCUUUCCUCUCCACUGCCCCUUCUUAUACGGGACGUUCAUGAGGCGCCCCCGCCCGGAUCCAGCCCCCCGCCGUUCUUCUACCAGUGCUGCUGCUGGCGCCCACGCCGCACUCCCGUGCCGCCCGAUGCCCGCUGCCAGCGGUGGUCAACCAGCCGGAGGAAGGGUAGGGAAGAUGCAGAGCGAAGAGGCAAGCACAUAGGUUGCUUUAACAAAAAGCAAAAUGCUAGCAGAACAGAACUUAUGCAACGACCUAUCCAUCCAGAUAUUACAUUUGAAGAUGGAUUUGGUUACUUGGUUAAAUCCUGUCAAAGUUCCUCGAGUGAACGCACCAAACAGAUUGAGUCAGAACUAUCAGAAAGUUUUGUCUCCCUUGCUUCAUUUGUUGAUGGUAUGCAUGUGAUUAACUCUUUUGAAGAGGAAUUUGAGGAUAAUACCUGGAGCACACUCAGUGAAAAUGUUGCUUUAACUAUGUCUGAAUGUGUCGUCUCACUUGCUUCAUUCAAUGGAAAUUCAAGGUGUUUUGCUUGCACAGGCGUAUAUAUAAACUGUAAUCCCGUGAGAAUCCUUACUACAGCAAGUUUGGUUAAAACUUCUGGCGAUGGAAACAAGAUUGAUGAUAACUUGCGGAUUGAAGUGCACCUUAAUAAUAAACAACAUGUCACGGGGACAUUGAAACAUUAUGAUCUACGCUAUAAUGUUGCAGUUGUUGAGAUCAUGGGUUCCUACAGUUCUUGUGCAGUGGAUGUGGAAGAGCGUAUUUCUUUCACCCCUAAUAUUGAGGUUUUAGCUGUAGGGCGUCUCUUUGAACGUCCAAAAUUAAUGGCCUCAAGAGGGGUGUUAAUUGACAGAAAAAGCAAACUUGCUUGCGAAGAGCUUGGGAUUUCCACUUGUAAAAUCACCAAGGCUGGGAUUGGAGGGCCUCUUAUUGAUGCUUGUGGGAAUUUGAUUGGCAUGAAUUUCUUCCAUGAUGAAGAAACUCCAUACCUACCGAGGGAAAAAAUUCAGGAAGUCUUGGGAUAUUUUGAUGAACAAUGCAUGUCGAAUGACAGUUGGUCUGAACCAAGAGAUCGUUAUUAUAUACCAGCUUUCUACUCUAUACCGUAUGGUUUGUUCGGAGAUGAGUACUUUGAUAACAAAAAGGAUGCAUAUUCUCCGUCUCCGGUUUUGUGUUGAGACUAUUUGUUGGUUGUUGUUGCUCCACUCUAUGAAGUAUGGACCCGCUUGUUUUUUCUUUUUUGCUUGUUAGUCCUUGUGAAGUCGAGACUGCUACAUAUUCUGAGGCAUUUGCACUUAAUUGUAGCCUAUGUGCUUAAAGAAUCCUAAGCUAAAUCCUUGUUUAGUUAUGUGUUCAUUUCUGCCA